CUUUGUCGAUCUGUCUGUGUGUUUGGCUCGAGUGCAAGUGACGUGGAUGCCGACCGAUAACCAGCCUGCGUGCCUUGAGAGCGUGGAGUUGCUGAUCGUGCAAGCUUGGAGGACGGGCACAAAAGGUGAUCUUCUUGGGUUUUUGUACGGAUCGGUGCGCCCUGGUCACCGUCAGGUGAUCGCACAAGAGCUUAUCGAGUCGAUCGUUCAGCUGGCGGACGAUCUCUCUCCUGACAUCGUAUCGCAGAGCGACUACAGCCCCGCUCCAAACAUCCUCACACGGACGUUAGAUCCGUACCUUCAGUGGACUGCGUGCUUGGAAGAGCCGGCGAGCGAAGAUUCUCUACCCUCACGCCAAGCCUAUCUGAAGCCGUACGACAUCAUCGCUCACGCCUUUUAUGCAAGGGAGGAGGUGGUAGAGGAGGCAGGAGGGGACGACGAAGAGUCAACGGAAGAAGGGAGCUAUAGUGAGUAUAGCGAGGGCGAGCAAAGUGGGAGCGAAGAAGAAGAAGAGGGAGGAAGUGGAUCGGAGUGGGAAGCUUUGCCGGAGGAAGCGGCACGCAUCGGUAUGGAGGCGGAGGAUCCCGAAGUCGCACGAAGAAGACGGGAGAUUGCCGCGGGGAAGGAGCAAUUAGAGAUCGCCCCCGAAGCAAGCUUGCGCAUCAGCGACGACCCGACCCGGAAUCCGGAGCCUCCCGAGUCCGGAGAUGGCGGAUUGACGACAGCCGCCCCAGGCCCAUCGCGGCGGAGACGCAGCCGGUCCCCCUCCUCCUCCUCCCCAACCCGUCCCGCAGUUCGUCCACGUACCAAUGCGGGCGAUAGGCCUUCAUCCCCGGUCAUUAUCCCACCGUCCCCUUGAUUACCUUACCCUAGAGCCGAUCCGUA